AUGCAUUUGUUGGUUUUUGGCGAUUUACUGCAACUGCCACCUGUCAGUGAUGGUCCCGUUUUCGGGCCUGUUCCAACAGAAACUUUAAAUAAAUGUGUACAAUCCGUUGCUCCCGUACAUUUGUGGUCUCUACUGGAUUACGAUGAAUUACGAAUAAAUAUGCGUCAAAAAGAUGAUGGCACUUACAAAACAAUUCUUGCCAAUUUGCGAGUAGGCACUGUGAGUGAUGCUGAUACGAACAUUUUAAAAACACGUGUGAUUAAUUUGAAUUUCCAUAAUCCAGGUGAAAGAUUAUACAAACUUUGUGAUUACGUGAAAGCUCUUAGUGAUGCUGUUUGCAUAAUGCCUACAAAUGAUAUGUGA